AUGGCCUUUGUGGCUGCUGCCAUCUAUCAACGUCGCCGCCGACACCGUCGCCUCGAAGACGAGAAGAAGAAGAAAAAGGAAAUGGAUCUCUCGUUGAAAGACCAUGCCAACAAUGCCUCGCAGUCCCUCCAAACCGCCUUGCGGAGAAUAUCCCACGGCGCGCAGGACCUGCAACUCCCGCUGUUUGGACAAAACAGCAAUCACGCACCCGUAAGAGAUCACUCGAGACGACGAGCUACUCGAGCCAACAUGAGGAGAGCGCAGAGCUCCGGAGAGGAUUUUGACUUGGCAUUGUCGUUGUGUCAAAAUGCGCUGCUACGAAUGCAUCAGGAAGGCGAAGAUGAAGAGAUGAUUGAACAAAAGCUGAAUGCAGUCACACAGAUGGUCGAACAAUUUCGAGAAGGGGAUGCGUUGAGCGAUUUUAGUGACACAGAGGUAGAAGAAGAGGAAGAAGAAACGGAAGCGGACAGAACUCCUAUUCUUUUGUUGAACGAUCAGACCGAUAUUUGGGUCAACAAUGUCCUACCCUUUGUCGGUAUGGGAAACUACGUAUAUGUGGCCGGGGUCAACAAGCAUAUGAAGCAAGUAUAUGAAGCAUACUGCGCCUCGGUGGAAACGCCUCCCCAAGUGACAGCUCCGUUUAUCAGAGAAGCUACAGUGUACGAUACCUUUUACAGUUCGGUCUUUUCCGGUAUAUCCUGUGCUCAAUUUUGGGACCAAGAAACCAGAGAAGACGACAACCGACUCAACCUUGUCUGUACUGUGGUAGCCAAGGUGGGAAAUCUCGACGUCUUCAAGUGGGCUCACGAACAACAGUUCCCGUGGAAUGAACGAACGUGCGAACAGGCGGCUGCAAAUGGACACGUCAAGAUUCUGGAAUAUGCACACAAAAAUGGCUGCCCGUGGGAUAGCGACACCUGUUCCAGCGCUGCCAAACAUGGACAGUUCAAAGCACUCAAAUAUGCCUGUGAUCAGGGAUGUCCCUGGGAUGCCAUGACAUGUGCAUUUGCUGCUCAAAAUGGACAUUUGGAGGCACUCAAAUGGGUUCGAAGCAAAGGCUGCCCGUGGGAUGGAAACACCUACAGCUAUGCGGCAUCAAAUGGACACUGGCAUGUCCUCAAGUGGGCAAGACAAAAUGGUGUCCCUGGGAUGCCAUGA